AAGCAUGCAUUUCGCGAUUUAUUUAUAAACAUCAUCUUAUUCAAAUUAGCAGCAUCGUUAACUUUCGAUUACAAAGCCCUAAAUAAUAAUAAAUUGCCUUGGAAUAUUGCUGGAGUUAUGGACACCACAGAGCCUGUUCUAGACAUUUCAUCCGUGUGCCGUAUUUGCCUGCAGGACAACGAUGCACACAUGGUAUCCAUCUACGACCAUGACGAGCAGCAACGGGGCGUUUCCAUUUGCGAUAAAAUCGAACAUUGCUGCGGAAUAAAAAUUAUUCGCACUCCAGAGCUUCCCACGCGGAUCUGCAUGAAAUGUCGUGCAUUUUUGACACUGGCCCAUAAGUUUCGACAAAUUUGCCGACACUCAGAUGAUUUCUUGCGCGAAUUCAUAUUCCCCGAUCCGUGUGAGGAGCCGGAAAAACCCAACUUGGAAGAGGCACCCGCACAGACGUACGAGCAAGUUGAAGUCGAAGUGCUAGAGGAAGGUGUCUGGUGUAACGACGAAGUAAUUGAAGAAACACCCGCAACGACAGUAUCAGUUCCCUCGGAGCCAACAACCAGUCUCGUAGUGGUGGCAGCUGCAAAGGCGGCAAAGCCACAUGUCUGCGAUAUUUGUGGCAACAGUUAUCCGCGCAAGAGCACGCUUGACACCCACUUACGCCGCCACAACAACGACAGGCCUUAUCAAUGCGAAAUCUGCCAGAAAACGUUCCAUGUAAACUAUCAGUUGAUGCGUCACAUACGACAACACACCGGAGCUCGACCUUAUUGUUGCCAAUACUGUCAGCGAAGUUUCGCAGAUCGCACAUCGCUAGUAAAGCAUGAACGUAUACAUCGUAAUGAACGACCAUACGUCUGCAACACCUGCGGGAAAAACUUCACUUAUUCAAAUGUGCUCAAGGUGCACUAUAAGACGCACACCGGCGAAAAACCGCACAUAUGCAAACUAUGCAACAAGAGCUUUGCUCGCCAUCACAAUUUGGUGGCCCAUCUCCAGACGCAACAGCAUGUGAACGAUCCCCGUUGUGCUGCCUAUCUGCACACGCUUCGAGCCGCAAAUGUUAUAGCUGCUAGAGAAGUUAGCUGAGAAUUAAUAAAAAUACACGUGUAGCAUCUAAUUUGUUCUG